AUGACACACCUUCUAAAAAACGCGAAUCAGAAAUUUAAGUACCGAAGUGACUUGUCUAACGGUUUCAACAUCAACCUUUGCAGCAGGUGUCACAAUCUGUAUCAACAACCGACAGCUCUCACAGAUAAUACUUCUCUCUCUGAAAAUGCAUCUCUCGCUGAAAAGAUGCCUCUUUCUUAA